AGUAAACACUAAAAACAUGUUCUUCUUCAACCCCUCUCUUUUCUCUUUGCAUUUCUCCCAUUACUGUAACGGUCACUUCCUCUGUUCCCUCUUAAACCUCCCAUUUUAUUUCUCUCUCUAAAACGCCUCUCUCCUACCAAUGGAGAUCGAUUUAGCUCUCUUUCUCCUCAUUGCCCUGAUUAUCUGCAGCGCGGCGGAACCCCAGCAUCCGUCGAUCAAAGGCCAAGGCGGCGCGACGGAGCUCUGGUGCGUGGCCAAGAACAACGCCGACGACGCCUCUCUGCAAUCCGCACUCGACUGGGCCUGCGGCGCUGGCGGCUCCGACUGUUCCCCAAUCCAGCCUAGUGGCGCCUGCUACGACGCCUCCAGUGUCCAGACCAUGGCCUCCUUCGCCUUCAACGACUACUUCCUCAAACACGGCAUGACUGACGACAGUUGCUUCUUCCAAAAUUCCGCCGCUAUCACUUCCUUAAACCCUAGCUAUGGAAAUUGCAGAUUCCCAUCUAGUUCGUUGAGAAAUGGGAACUUCUCAAGCCAAUCCACAUCCGUAGGGCUGGGGCCAAGCGAAGACCUAAGCGGAUCGGGUCGAAAAUCGGGUCGGAUAUGGGUUUGGCCCAUAGCAAUCGGGUAUUUGUUCUUUAAAAUUAUGUUUCUAAUUUAAAACUUAAUCUAGUUUUGUUGUGUUUAAUUAGAUUGAUUGUCAUUUCUGAUUGGUGGGUUUGUGUAUUUAUAUUUGAAUUUUGGUUUUUAUU